CUUCCUCUCUUUCGUGUUUCUCUGCAUGCACGUUCGUCAAUCCGCCGACUGUUCCGGUAAGAUAUUGUGAGAAAUAGCUUAUACUCGUCUAGAUGCUGUCAACAGACGAGGAGGAUAACUCACCGCUCAUUCACAGAGCCGAAGGCUCAAACCAUGAUACAAACCACUCAGUCAGGAAUUCUCUCAGCUUUGUGCGAGACUGGGCUGGCUGUAUUGUGGCCACAUUCCUGAUCAUCAUGGGAAUCACUUGUAUUAUAGUAAUCAGUGUGUAUAAGGCAAAGGUCAAAGAUGAGUAUGGUAUUGUACUGGAUGCAGGAUCAACACAUACCAAUAUGUUUGUUUACAAAUGGACAGUCAAUGAUGUAGUGAAAGGCACAGCAGUUGUGAAGGAGAUUGGAGAGUGUGUAGUGAAGGAUAAAGAUAAUGAGGUGGCAGGAAUAUCGAGUUACGUAUCAAAUCCUGAUGAGGCUGGACAGUCACUACAGAGUUGUAUAACAAGCACAGCAGAGAAGUUGAUACCUUCCUACCUACGGAAUAGGUCACCAAUCUACCUUGGUGCUACUGCAGGCAUGAGAUUACUUAAGGAGAUGGAUGCCGCAGCAGCCAGUAAAAUCCUUGCAUCUGUACGGAAAUCACUGAAGAGCUCACCCUUCAUGUUUAAAGAUGACUAUGCCCGUAUCAUCAGUGGUGAAGAAGAAGGAUUGUCAUCCUGGAUUACUGUCAACUACUUGAAUGGUGCCUUUAAUAAUUCACAGGAAAACAGUGUAAGAGGCAGUUCACAAAUCAUACCAUUAACAGUUGGAGCUUUGGACAUGGGAGGUGCAUCUACACAGAUAACAUUUACUUCUCCAAAAGCAGCUCAACCUUCCAGUAAAUUAAAAUUGUAUGGGACAGAGUAUCAGUUGUACACACACAGCUACUUAUGUUAUGGCAAGAAGGAGGCAGAGGACAGAUUUUAUGCACAGCUUGUCAAGGAAUCGCACUCAAGCACAAAAGUUGACAACCCAUGUGGACCCAAAGGCUACAGGCAGAACAUAACAUUGACGUCUCUGUGGGCUUCUCCUUGUGUGAAAGGAAACACCUCCAACAGGAUCACAGUUACUCUGGUGGGAACUGGGAACCACACUCUUUGUUCCAAAGAAGUUAGUAAACUUUUCAACUUUACCUCGUGUGGGGGAAACAGCAGCUGUUCAUUUGAUGGUGUUUAUCAACCAACCAUUGAUGGAAAAGAGUUUUUUGCAUUCUCUGGUUAUAACACUGUUAUUAAAGAUCUUAAUCUCACAAGCAACGCGUCACUUGAUCAGCUACAAGCCGCCACAAAGAAUAUCUGUGAGAAAUCUUGGGAUGAG